AUGGGAAGAAAGAAAAAGAAUAAGAAGGACAUCUUCAUGCCUGGUUGCCUUGUCUGGACAUCAUUGGCAGGAAUACCUAAGAAAAUGAAGUGGCCCGGCGAGAUUAUUAGAUCUAGCGACGGGAAAGUGGAGGUGUUUUGUCACUCAGACAAUUCAUGUUUUAUAGUAAACUUAGAGGAUGUCUGUCCAUUCCCUGGGGACAUGAGUCAGUGGAAAAACACAGGAAUUAGUGCAUUGAAAAAAAGACCAAAAAGCACUUUUGAUUUUAUCACAGAUAUAAAUUGGGCCUGCAAUAAAAAGCAUGAAAUUAGCACUGAGCUUCCUAUAACAGUUGGAGAAGAUACACAUGUUAGGGAUAUUCAAGAACAGAGAUCUGUACACAACACUGAGCUUCCUAUAACAAGUGGAGAAGAUACACAUGUUAGGGAUAUUCAAGAACAGAGAUCUGUACACAACACUGAGCUUCCUAUAACAGUUGGAGAAGAUACACAUGUUAGGGAUAUUCAAGAACAGAGAUCUGUACACAACACUGAGCUUCCUAUAACAAGUGGAGAAGAUACACAUGUUAGGGAUAUUCAAGAACAGAGAUCUGUACACAACACUGAGCUUCCUAUAACAAGUGGAGAAGAUACAAGGGAUAUUCAAGAACAGAGAUCUGUACACAACACUGAGCUUCCUAUAACAGUUGGAGAAGAUACACAUGUUAGGGAUAUUCAAGAACAGAGAUCUGUACACAACACUGAGCUUCCUAUAACAGUUGGAGAAGAUACACAUGUUAGGGAUAUUCAAGAACAGAGAUCUGUACACAACACUGAGCUUCCUAUAACAGUUGGAGAAGAUACACAUGUUAGGGAUAUUCAAGAACAGAGAUCUGAACACAACACUGAGCUUCCUAUAACAAAUGGAGAAGAUACACAUGUUAGGGAUAUUCAAGAACAGAGAUCUGUACACAACACUGAGCUUCCUAUAACAGUUGGAGAAGAUACACAUGUUAGGGAUAUUCAAGAACAGAGAUCUGUACACAACACUGAGCUUCCUAUAACAGUUGGAGAAGAUACACAUGUUAGGGAUAUUCAAGAACAGAGAUCUGUACACAACACUGAGCUUCCUAUAACAAGUGGAGAAGAUACACAUGUUAGGGAUAUUCAAGAACAGAGAUCUGUACACAACACUGAGCUUCCUAUAACAAGUGGAGAAGAUACACAUGUUAGGGAUAUUCAAGAACAGAGAUCUGUACACAACACUGAGCUUCCUAUAACAAGUGGAGAAGAUACACAUGUUAGGGAUAUUCAAGAACAGAGAUCUGUACACAACACUGAGCUUCCUAUAACAGUUGGAGAAGAUACACAUGUUAGGGAUAUUCAAGAACAGAGAUCUGUACACAACACUGAGCUUCCUAUAACAAGUGGAGAAGAUACAAGGGAUAUUCAAGAACAGAGAUCUGAACACAACACUGAGCUUCCUAUAACAAGUGGAGAAGAUACACAUGUUAGGGAUAUUCAAGAACAGAGAUCUGUACACAACACUGAGCUUCCUAUAACAAAUGGAGAAGAUACACAUGUUAGGGAUAUUCAAGAACAGAGAUCUGUACACAACACUGAGCCUCCUAUAACAAGUGGAGAAGAUACAAGGGAUAUUCAAGAACAGAGAUCUGAACACAACACUGAGCUUCCUAUAACAAGUGGAGAAGAUACACAUGUUAGGGAUAUUCAAGAACAGAGAUCUGUACACAACACUGAGCUUCCUAUAACAGUUGGAGAAGAUACACAUGUUAGGGAUAUUCAAGAACAGAGAUCUGUACACAACACUGAGCUUCCUAUAACAAGUGGAGAAGAUACAAGGGAUAUUCAAGAACAGAGAUCUGUACACAACACUGAGCUUCCUAUAACAAGUGGAGAAGAUACACAUGUUAGGGAUAUUCAAGAACAGAGAUCUGUACACAACACUGAGCUUCCUAUAACAAGUGGAGAAGAUACACAUGUUAGGGAUAUUCAAGAACAGAGAUCUGUACACAACACUGAGCUUCCUAUAACAAGUGGAGAAGAUACACAUGUUAGGGAUAUUCAAGAACAGAGAUCUGUACACAACACUGAGCUUCCUAUAACAGUUGGAGAAGAUACACAUGUUAGGGAUAUUCAAGAACAGAGAUCUGUACACAACACUGAGCUUCCUAUAACAAGUGGAGAAGAUACACAUGUUAGGGAUAUUCAAGAACAGAGAUCUGUACACAACACUGAGCUUCCUAUAACAGUUGGAGAAGAUACACAUGUUAGGGAUAUUCAAGAACAGAGAUCUGUACACAACACUGAGCUUCCUAUAACAGUUGGAGAAGAUACACAUGUUAGGGAUAUUCAAGAACAGAGAUCUGAACACAACACUGAGCUUCCUAUAACAAGUGGAGAAGAUACACAUGUUAGGGAUAUUCAAGAACAGAGAUCUGUACACAACACUGAGCUUCCUAUAACAGUUGGAGAAGAUACACAUGUUAGGGAUAUUCAAGAACAGAGAUCUGUACACAACACUGAGCUUCCUAUAACAGUUGGAGAAGAUACACAUGUUAGGGAUAUUCAAGAACAGAGAUCUGGAUAUUCAAGAACAGAGAUCUGA